AGGUAGAGUCUGUUUGUUCCCAGGUGAGCGGCGUGAGAGGAAGCAGAUAACUCUCCGAAAAGCGGAGUGUCAGAAAACUGUGAAGAAUGACUUUAAAAUUACAGUAACAUGGGGAAUAAAGGAGGCAGAAAGGCACACACAGGACUAUGCUGUGCCAACCUCAAGGACAACAAAGUCUUGAUGAAGAUGGGGUUGGGGCUGGUGCUUGUGGGCCAUAUCAACUUUCUUCUUGGGGCGCUGGUGCACGGCACUGUGCUCAGACACAGCGUGUUCCCUCAGUCCAGCAAUAAGGUGUACACCAUCUCCAAUAUCAUCGCUAUCUUGGCAGGUCUUUUGGGGGUAAUUGGUGGAAUAACAGCUAUAGUCCUAUCCAGAAACAAGAAAAACAGGAUCCUGAUGUGGGUCCUGUUGGUCUUCAGCUUCCUGGCAGGUUUGCUAGCACUUGCUUCCACCAUGGCCGUGUUAAGUUCUGUGAUUAAAGCCAUUAUGUCUGAGGGACAUAGCCUGCUAACACACUGCACCGACAUUCAUAAAAUCACAGAUGAAUGCCCCUUUGACCCUACCCGUAUCUAUGGGACCACCAUCAUUCUGUGGGUGCCUCUCAUCUUUAUGUCCAUUGUGGAAACCGUGUUCUCCUUCCACUGCUUUGCUGCCUGCACUUCAUUCAUCCGCCUCUGUCCAUGCAGAAAGAAGCCAGUGGUGAAGAACCGGAGACGUGUUGAAACGCCACGGUCUACAGCACGAGAUACAGAGGCCGAUACUGAAGCAGGACCCACGGAGCGGGAUGACCUGCUGGACAGCAGCACUGCUGAGGUGCAGAGCGCAUGGCUGUGAAGCAGCUCAAUCUAACAGAAUAGGUUACAGACUGCUGCGCUGAGCUGGAUUAAACGGGAUUCCUUGUGCAGCAUGGGUUUGUUACAUAUUAACUGUCAAGACAUUUGUUGGACUCAAGCCAGCAAAAGCUUUAUUUUAUCAAAAUGAGGAGUAUCAGACAAUACUGUUACUGAUUUGUUUUUUUUUUUGUUUUGUAUGUAUUGAUGUCUUGAAUAUAGAGCUGCCACCUGUAUGUUAAAAUCAAAAAUGAUUUCCUUUGAAAUGUUUUGUACUUUUAGUUCAAAGAA